UGUUUUUUUUAAUUCGCUUCCGGAUUUCGAGGUUAGUUUACAUUUUUGGACUUGCAGUGUUAUUCACCGGAUAUAAGUGGAAAAAACAUGGCAGCACAACCUCUCGUCAUAAGAAUAAAAACACAACAUGGAGAGGACGUUGAUUGGACAGUGCAGCUUGGUCAAUUGUCAUUUCAUGAAGUCUUGGAGGUUAUAGCUCAAGUUCUACAAGACAACACCCCUGCAGCCUUUGAGUAUGAAGAUGAGGAUGGAGACCGUAUCACUGUACGAAGUGAUGAUGAAAUGGAAGCCAUGAUCAACUAUUACCUAUCACUCCUAGCUGAAUGUGAAGCAAGAAGGGUAAUGGCGCCCCCUCUCAACAUAUACCCACAAGUUAAAGCUGGCACAAGGAAAAAUAUACACAAUCUCACAGUCAACACAAGGCCAGCUGGAGCGGUUCCAAAAGGAGCAGAUAGUGGAAUAAGUUUAGGAUAUGGGAGGCAUGAUGCUGAAUUAAGAGAAAUUCUUGCCAGUGGCAGGAUAGUAGAAACAGAUAUAUUACACCUUGAAGUCUUGGGAAGGGGUCACAGUGGGCAGGUUUACAAAGCUAAACAUGUACCAACAAAUAAUGUGAUGGCAGUGAAGGUUAUACCACUGGAUAUCACUCCUGAAGCUCAGAAGGAAAUCUUAUCAGAGUUACAAAUCCUAUACAAGUGCGAUUCACCUUUCAUCAUUGGCUUCUAUGGUGCUUUCUUCACAGAGAAUAGAAUCUCAAUAUGUACAGAGUUUAUGGAUGGAGGUUCAUUAGAAAUGUAUCGCUGCAUUCCAGAAUCAAUAUUGGGCAGGAUGACAGUCUCAAUAGUCAAAGGAUUGAAUUAUCUAUGGAAUUUGAAAAUAAUGCAUAGAGAUGUGAAGCCCUCCAAUAUCUUAGUCAACACACAAGGAGAAAUCAAAUUGUGUGAUUUUGGAGUCAGCGCUCAACUAGUCAGCUCGAUAACAAGGACAUAUAUAGGAACCAACGCGUACAUGGCACCCGAGAGAGUUUUAGGAGAUGAGUAUGGAGUUCAUUCAGAGGUUUGGAGCUUGGGUGUCUUCUUAUUAGAGAUGGCAACUGGUAGAUUUCCAUAUCCAGUAACACCAAGAGAGCAUGAAUUAUCGCCUAUUGAUCUUCUGCAAUGCAUUGUACAUGAGCAUCCACCAAGGUUACCAAGCGACAAGUUCUCAGCACCCUUUGUUGACUUCGUAAAUAGAUGUCUUCAGAAGCGACCAGGAGACCGUCCAAAGCCUCAGGACCUGAUGCAGCACCCGUUCAUCCGGAUCUUCGCUGACGGCAACAAGCAGAUCAUCUCAGAGUGGGUAUGUCAGGAGCUCCAGGAACUCCGGUUACGAGGGAUGGUGAAAGGGCUCUGAGGGCACCAGCCAAGGAUCACUGAAGACCUUCUCAAGAAUUAUUUCAGAACAUCUGACUGAAGACACCAACAUGCAAUGGAUAGUUCCUUUACCCAAAAAGGUGGUCUUUUUAAAGUAGUUUUCCACCCUACAUGUAGAUUGGUCAGAGGAUGUCGUGGAAUGACUCCAAUUUCUUGGAGGGAACUUACAGGGUUUCUGAGGACAGUAUUCUGGAAACACUUUGAAGUACCCAACUGUUAUGUCUGUACCUUGAAUAGUCCAAACCCUUUUUAAUGUUCCUCAGACAUAAUGAAGGAUUGACAAUGUGUGACAGAAAAACCCUUCAGGAA